AUGUUGUCGACGCCUUCUCACCACCAUCUCCUGUUUUCAUCGUCAUCUUCAAGAAAAGGCAACGGAUACAUCGUCCGGUCAAAUUUUGGGAACAACCCGACGGCGAGGGUGGAAGGUUUCGAUUGCCUCGACAAAGACAACAAGAAUCGCAGCAUCCCCGCCCUGCAUAGACAGAGAUCUUUCAUAUCAUAA